UGAAUUUAUUUCAGGCAAUCUUUUUAUUUUUUUUUGGGAUUUGCAGCUUGGAACAGGCGGCAGCUUGGCGACCAACAGGUGGAAGCAGAAUACAGCAAGAGAGAAAAUAAAUUGGAACGGAGCCAAGCAUUACAUUUGUGCUGCGUUUUCCGAAGCAAUUUCAACUGCAAUUCACCAAGAGACAUUUUCUGGGAAAUGGAGCACGAUUUAAAGCAACAAGAGGAGCAAGAAUUGCCCAACCCUGGCAAACUGACUCUGAAUGAAGCGGAUGCUAAAGAUGACGACAGUCAUAUAUAUAAAAUCAAGAUCUCGAUGCAGCCGGAUGGACGCUCGAUUUCGCUGACAUUGCCGGCGAACACCACAUUGCUGGAGCUGAAAACUGAUGUCUAUUAUAUAACCGACAUACCGGUAAGGCAUCAGGUCUGGUCAGGCUGGCCGCUGGACGUGGCCGUUGACAAUGCCACCAAUUUGGCCGAGUCGGGCAUCGGGCGCAGGCACAGUUUUGUGGUGCAGAGCACCACACCGCACAACAACUCGCAGUCGAGCAGCGACUUCGAGGCGGAUGAUAAAUAUGAGUAGACCGACAGCUCCUCGGAUGAAUCCCAAUCGGACUCUGAGUCUGAUUUAAGAGGCUAUCAAUUAUUUUGCUGCGACUCAAAACUGGCACCAACCC